UACUACAUAUGUAUAUUUACCACCAUAUAUACACACAGAUGUUUAGGAGAAAUAGCCACACUCGAUUCCUCACACCCCCGCUAUUGAAAACCUUCUCGUCCUUUUAUAAUCCCUCCACCUAAAGCCCCCACUCGUUCACUCUCUCUCAACGUCUGACUCGUGCACGGGACUCUUCACUAUUCUCAGGCAGCACAACUUGAACUCGAAUCAGUGAGUUUCAGCUCGAGCCGGCGAGCGGUUGUGCAUGUCUUUCCCCAUCACAACCAAUUCUCAUUUUGACGUUUCGUUUCCCAUGUCAAUUUUCCAUCCCGAAAAAAUUUGAAAACUUCCCUCAAAAAAAAAAAAAAAAACAAUUCCACUCGCCAAGGAUUAUUCAAAACAAAAACUACAAAACACAUCUCAAAGGAUUAAAAAAAGCAAGGAAGUGUAAAUAAAGUGAGUGAUUCUUCCCAGUGGAUUAUACAAUAUUUUUGGAUAUUUCGGAUUUUUUGCAUCUUCAGUGUUUUUGGGUGAUGAUCGCUUAGCCUUCAGUUUGCAGUCGGUUAACUGUUGGUUUGAAAAAAGUUGAUAUCAGAUAGUUGAUAUCAGUUUGCUAUCAGAUCGCCAUCAGUUUGCUAUCAGUUAGCAAUCACUUUGCUGGCAGGUAGCCAUCAAUUUGUUAUCGUUUAGCCAUCAGUUUGCUAUUUAGUUAGCAAUCAGUUGCCUUCAGUUUGCUAUUAGUUAUCAAUCACUUGACAAUCGGUUUGCAAUUAGCUAACAAUCAGCUUGCAAGCAAUCAGUUUGCAGUCAGUUAAGAAUCAGUUUGCAAUCAUUUAGCAAUCAGCUUGCAAGCAAUUAGCAAUCAGUUAACAAUCAGUUUGCAAGCAGUCAACAAUUAGCGAACAAUUAGUGAAUAUCUAUAAUCAUAGUCGGUUAAAAAGUUGUUCAGUGAUUAUUGUCGAGCACAUACGGAAAAUUAAUUAAUAAUCAGGAGUUACUUACAAAAAUCAGUGAUCUAAUUCGUCUUAAGUGAAUUCUUCAAUUCUUUCAAUUCCAAAAAACAAAUCAAAAACAACUCACCGAAAAGUGAUCAAUUAAAUUCUUCGCCUAUCCAAUCAAAAAAUUUUCUUCUCCCUUGGGGCAAAAAUUUCGCAAUUCUCUGUGUAUAUUUUCGAAGCGCAAUAUACAGAGAGGAUAGGAAACCGGCAGCUCAACCCGGAGACUUCAACGCCUGUGUGUGGUCCUUCUUGCUGCUGCGGAACCCGCGAGUCCGGUGGAUCUCCUCUCGAUCGAGAGACCUUGGGCGUACGUAGUUGGUUAUUUCGUUCUCGAGGUUGAGAGAUCGAGGAUACACAAGGCGAAGCCAGAAGAAGUAGACGAAGAAGAAGAAGAAGAAAAAGUAAGAGGACAAGAAAGAGGGAAAUGGAGUGAAGCGAGUUCUAAAGAGCCUUUUUCAAACCACAUGAGAGAAAGUCCCUUUUUCGCGACAGAAAAAAAACAUAAUAAUGAACUCUUCAUAAACAAGAAAAAAAUGAACUCUUGAUAAACAGGAAAACAAAAGGAAAAAGAAAUAAGAAAAGAACUCUUCGUUAAAAGAAAUAAUGAACUCUUCGUGAACAAAACAAUAAUGAACUCUUCGUAAACAAAUCAAUAAUGAAUAGUUUUCUAUUUUACGAAUAGUUAUUCGUAAAGAAAAUCAAUUUUUGGGAGGAUGUCACUCCCGAAAUUUUCCUCUUCUUCAAAUAAACGAUGACGAAAGUUUAUUUGAGGAUUUUUUACCGCAGGAGGAAAUAAUCACCGCACGUGUGUGUUUUCUUCACGCUAUUCGCUCCAAAAGUGUAUUCUAACAGUUUCACGUUUUAGUGCGUAUCGUUCUAAUAUUAUAUUUCUAUAACAUAAAUUCUAAAUAUAUACUUUUUCGUUUGGAAAUUUUUAAAUUCGAGAAUUUUCAAGUGCUUUAUAUACGUGAACAAGUGAUUUGAACGGAAACAAAGUGCGAUUUUAUAUUAAAGGAAAACAAAAAUUCCUGGAUUAUUGUCAAAUGCAGUUUGCCGAACCGAAUAAGACAUGAGUGUGACAGUGAGCGGUGCAAGUGCAACAAGUACAAAUAGUGUAAAUCCGAGUGUAAACGACAUGGACUGGUUCGCCGGUGUUGCAGAGGAGGAGUUGUUGUAUUAUACAGGGAGUAGUAAUGACGUAGAUUCCUUAUGGGCUGUGAUAGGAAGUUUCGUUCCACCUCCACCCAGACCGCCUUAUCUACCGGAAGAGGGAAUCGCAACCGACGGACUAACCACCUGUGACCUUUGUUCCUGGGCAUUAAGAAACGACAGGCAUUCAUUUUCUCUAGACGGUACACUAGAGGCACCUGGCGAACUUGGAUGGGUCCUGACCUUGGUGAUCGUAUCUCUAGUGUCAGCGGGUAUCGGCGCUGUCGUCAUGGUCACGCUUCUUCACUGUCGAAGACUGAAGAGUGCCGGCAGCAGAGCGAGUUGCUGUGGCAUUGGAGUUGAAGAUGCAACGAACCAAGAAUCCGGGAAUCCAGGUGGCGGAGGCGCAGGUGGUGGUGGCGUUUCCGUGAUACCUGAUAGACCGCCACUUGAGCUAGAUAAAUUACCACCUUAUCAUGAUGUCGCGCCAAGUCCUGGUCCAGGUCAUAAUGUGUGGUCGUGGUUGGGAUCGAGACGCGGUGGCGGAGCACCAGGAGUUGUCGCGGCACCUCUCUCUCUCCCGCAGCAUCGAAGAGCAAUUAAUCUACCGGUUGAAAAUCAUUACACCCAUAUGCAGACGGAUGAAGCUCUCUAUGCCGAACUUGAUUCCCAAGCUGCAAGUUAUGCCAGCGAUCUACAAUUACAAUUACGAGGAAGUUCCACAUACGGGACAACUUCCGCUGGUCAAGAUGAUGAGUACCAUGAAUUGGAUGCUGCAAGACUGCAUCGGCAUUAUGGAGCCGGAAAUAAUGACAGCACUCUUCCCCGAGAUGGCCUUCGCACUCGACACAGUCAAAGGAUACAAGAGCCAGAUUACGAGAUGUACGAAAAUGGACCAAGUUCACCAACAUCUCCGAAUCAUCACCACCACCAUCUCCAUCAUCACCAUCACCAUCAUCAUUCGCCAUUGCGAAUCGAAGGCGUACCUGGCGAACAUCCAUCCUAUCAAAACACGGCCUACACGGGAAGUGAUGCUGAGCCCGAUGGACCAACGUUAAGUAGUGCACCGAGCAGUGCCUAUUACAGUGAUCUUAGUUCAAAUUCAACGAAUCAACAAAUAUCACCGCCAAUAACGACGUCGACAACAACGUCGACAACAACAACGACAACACUCACUCUAAAUCCACAGACACUAGAAACACCACAUUUCAGGUUAGCUGCAAUUAACGAGACCACAGUGCCAUCGGAUUAUAUUUAAAACCGAAAAAGAAGAAGAAUGAAAAACUCUCUACUCUAUAUAACACAAAAUAGUCUAUAGAAAAGCAGAAUUCAAUCUUAUCCAAACGAAUAAUCACUUCCUUCUUUCUGUCUCAAAGAAAGAAAGUAAGCGAACAAUUUUCACUUUGAAAUAAAUGUCGUUCACAUAAAAGACGCUAGUUGGACGCGCGAGAAUGUGUGAUCCCGAUCAAGGAUCAGGUUCUACAUCUAAUGUCACCACUUAGAGAUCAAGGAACUAAGUCACGGACUCGAACACGGCACCCAAAGAUCAUUUCUAGGAUCAAGCUUGUUCGUAUUUUUCUAUAUUAUAAAAAAAAUAAAUAUAUAUAUAUUAUACAAUUAACAUAUAUAGAAGAAAUUGUAAAUAAAAAAAAUAUUCUAAACUAUCAAACAAAGUUUGUAUUGUGUAUAAAAAAAGAGAUUAUAUUCUCGAAAAUAUGAAUGUAAAAAAAAUUUAAAUUAUUCGUUAUAAUAAUGUGUGCAUGUGAGUAUUUGUGAAACUAUUGUGUGUUAACUUGUGUUUGUAGCUUUUACCAGACUGUUGGUAUAGUAUUCUAUUUCUUAAUUUAUAAACAAAAUGAGGCACUGAAGAUUUUUAAGAAUGAUUUUCAGAAAAUCCAAAAAUUACAAAAAUUAUACAAACGAAAAUUAUUUUUCUGUUAAAAACAAAUUGACUUUUCAAGCUAUAUAUAUAAUUUUCUCAUUAUGAAUAAAUCGAUAAAUCACUUGAUAUUUACUUGUUUUUUAAUACACACUUUAUCACCCGUAAAAUAAGUUUUGCAUUCCGCGACCGUUAUAAUUACAAGUUGACAAAAACAAUCGUGUAGUCAAAAAACCGUUUCGAAUCAUUCAACUCUGAAGCGCAAUUAUACCAUCACUAAUUACACCAUUAUCACCCGAUUCUUUUAUUAUUUAUUUUUAGACUAAAAUACUUGACCCAAGGAAAAAAUUAGAGAAAAAAAACAAAGAGUAAAAAUGACAAAUAU